ACAGAGAAUGUCAGAACUCCUGCCUGUCCCUCCCGAUCUUUCAGAGGAGUCAGAUCAUCGCUUGUGGAUUGGAAAUCUGGAUUCCAGACUAACAGAGUUCAGCUUACUGAAGAUUUUACAAAAGUUUGGUUCCUUGAAAAAGUUUGACUUUUUAUAUCAUAAGUCUGGACCAGAGCAGGGGAAAUCUAGAGGAUACUGCUUUGUCAGUUACGAGAGCAGAGAGAAUGCAGAGCGUGCCAUGGCUAAAAUGAAUGGGAAAUUGGCUUUAUCCAAACGACUGAUUGUUAAAUGGGCCCAUAAAGACCCAGCAGAGGAUCAGAAAUCCAAGUCACAUGAUAAAGAAAGCACUGGAAAGGAAGAUGUAGUAAGUCCUCAAAGCAAAAUUAAAGCAAUAGAAGCUAAGCUGCAGAAAAUGCAAAAAGAUGGAAGUGCAACCUCUAACUUGAAACCAUUGCCUGGUACCAGUCAAUUAAGCAUGGUUCAGAGAGAGGCUAGAAAGAUGGAGCAGGCCAAUGCUAAUAAACAAACUAAAAAACCAUACAAGAGAUGACAAAUCUUGUCAAAAUUUGUACUUUACAAAUUCUGAGCCACCUUGAAAUCUGGCUUAAAUGUGGAGAGUUGUUCCGACUUUAUGAUACCUACUAACUGGAAGAUCAUCUAAGAUUGAGAUCUGUAUGAAUAUAGCUGAGCUGGAGUUUUAUGCUGCUUGAGAAAAUUUCAACUCAAAGUGAAAUAUGAAGUUUUGCAUUCACUUCAGUGUGACGAGUUAAAAAAAAAAGAAAUAAAUAAAUACACAAAGAUUAUUGGCUUGUGCAAAUUUAUUUUCAAAAUACAUGUACUGAAAAAAAGUUCAUAGUAUUUGAACACAAAAAUGAAUUUUUAUAGGGACAUUUAGAUUGUUUGCAAGAAGACAGAACAAAAGUAAUGUGCAAGCAUAACAGUGCAAAAAUUGAAGA